UGCUGUUAGCGUCUGGAAAAGUCACCGGUGUUCCUGCGCUCCACAUUGUUCAUCCGUUUUUACAGAGACCAGGUAAUUUGUGAGUGUCUGAGUGUCCUUUUUCUACCUUUCUUUGUUGUGAGAAUGUCUUCUGAAGAGACGCUUAGUGAGAGCCGAGUGAGGGGGAGGGUUGAGGAGGUAGAGAAUAGGGAUUUGAGGGUGCCGUCGAACAUUUUGGAGAGAGAGGAUGGAAGAGAGUCGUGUUUCAACCCUGAGGAGGAAGUUGUUAGCGAGGUGGCAGGGUACGAAACAACUUUGGAAAAUAGGGGUAGUUUGGCCCACUUGGUUGAGAACUAUGGGGUGCCUGGGCGUGUGUUGGUGAGGUCGGCGGGGAGUAGAGAGAGGGCGUGUUCGGCCCCGGGGGACCACUGGAUGCCUCUCUACUCCCAUUACUUGGCGGCUGGGUUACGGUUCCCUCUCCCAGACCUGUUGGUGUGGUUGUUGUUGGAGUAUGGUCUGGGGUUAACGCAACUCACCCCCAAUGCCAUGAGGUUAGUGGUGGCAUUUGCAGUAUAUAGCCGAAGUCGGGGGGUAAGCUUUCCCACUGCUAGCGUAUUCAAGUACUUUUACGUCUUGAAUGCUGGGAGUGGUAAGGAGAAGGGGUGGUGGAAAGAUAAGUUCUUUUUUGCGGAUGACACGGAGUGGGAUAAGACUGAUGCCGAGGUGGAGCACUUGAGUCGCUGGAAGGCGAAAGGGUUAAACCUCAACGAGUAUAGUCUGACCCCAGGGGAGUUAGAGGAUGUGCUGGAGUUGGAAAGAGGGGGAAAAGAUGAACAAGUUUUUGGACGCAGCUGGUGGGGCUGGAAUUCCAAAGAAGGGAAGAGGGAAGAGAGGCGAGGUCAAGAGGCGGGUGGAGGAGGUUUCACUGCCUCAAACCGAAGUGGAAACUUAGCCAUCACUCAGCCUGGCCACGUUGGAGGGGAGGUGACGGUUGCUGAGGAGAGGCCCAUUGUGGCGAAGAGGAGGAGGCUAGAGCGACAAGAGGCCAUGGAGGAGGUAGAGGAGGUACCAGAGCCCAUGACUUCACCCCUCCACCUGGAAGGGACCUCGUCAGCCUCAGCUGCUGAGUUUGCUGCUGUGCUUCGGGAGAAAGGGUACAUCCGAGCGCAGACGACUAGCUUUUAUGACUCCGAGAUGAGGAGUACAGCAAAGAGGUUCAUCAACACUUAUUUCCCGGUGGUGGACCGCCAGCGUGCGAAGGACGAGGUGGCUGCCAGGGGUUCAGUUGGCGUUGUCCGUCAAACCAUCACGAAAGAGAGGAACCAGAUGAGGAAGGAUAACGCCGAGCUCGUCAAGAAGAACGAGGAGGCCGAGGCUGAGGUGGCGAGGCUGAAAGCGGAGAUGGAGGAACUCCGAAAAGAAAACGCUACCUUCAAAAAGGACUCGGAGAUCUCGUACCAAAAAAGGAAGAUAUGCGAGGCCGAGCUCGAGAAGAGGGAGAAGGAGUUGGAGGAUGCGGAGAGGACAGUGGCUGAGUUGGAGGAUGCGGAGAGGACAGUGGCUGAGUUGGAGCUCAAGGUUCACAACUCAGUCGAAGAGCAUGUGGAGGGGUUCCUGAGAUCCAGCACCUUCGAGGAUAUCGUCAACCUCUACCGUCUUCCUACUGCCAUUGUGGCCUUCUCUGACUGCCGGAAGAAGGUGGAGGAGGACGAAGAGAGCAGUACUGCUGACUUCCACCCAGAGAUAACGCUGAAGUGGGAGAGGGAUAGCAGAGGUCAAACCAUCUUACCUCCCAAGUUCAGCUUUGAAUUCGUGGUAGUGGAGGAAGAGAGGACCGAAGGUGGGGAGGUUACCGAAGGUGCUGAAAAGCCAGCUGAAGGUGCUGACCAGCCAAGUCAGCCUGCUGAUAAACCCAAGCAGCCUGCGGCUAGCCCGAGCCAAACCGUUGACUAGAUUUGGCCUCGGUUUUUUUUUUUUUUUUUUAGAGAUAUUCUUUGUAAACGAUUAGAAGUUAAUGGAAUGACUUUGAUUCUUUUUUACUGCUUUUGGGUGUGAUCCGAAAUGGGAGAGGUUAAAAUAACAUUGUUAUUACAAU